AUGGCUGAAUUGCUUUCUUUGGGUGGGAUGGAUUAUUUCUUUUUUUUUUUUCAGCGGACAUUUCAGGCAUUCCACUUGACUUCUCCAUUUCCUUCUUCCUUAAGAUUAAAAAAACUUUUCUACUGUUUUCUAUUUUUCUCUCUCCUCUCUCUCUCUCUUUUCCCCUGUCUGCUUUUUUCUCUUCUCUCACUUUCUCACUCACACUUUCUCUCUCACUCACACUUUCUCUCUCACUCACACUUUCUCUCUCACUCACACUUUCUCUCUCACUCUCUUUUCACUCUCUUUCCAUCUCCAUUUUCUCUUUUCACUCUCUCUCUCUCCAUCUCCAUUUUCUCUUUUCACUCUCUCUCUCUCUCCAUCUCCAUUUUCUCUUUUCACUCUCUCUCUCUCCAUCUCCAUUUUCUCUUUUCACUCUCUCUCUCUCUCCAUCUCCAUUUUCUCUUUUCACUCUCUCUCUCUCCAUCUCCAUUUUCUCUUUUCACUCUCUCUCUCCAUCUCCAUUUCUCUUUUUCUCUCUCUCUCCAUCUCCUUUUUCUCUUUUCCUCUCUCUCUCCAUCUCCAUCUCCUUUUCUCUUUUCAUCUCUCUCCAUCUCCUUUUCUCUUUUCCUCUCUCUCUCUCCAUCUCCUUUUCUCUUUUCCUCUCUCUCUCCAUCUCCUUUUUUCUCUUUUCACUCUCUCUCUCUCCAUCUCCUUUUUCUCUUUUCACUCUCUCUCUCUCUCUCCAUCUCCUUCUCUUUUAUCUCUCUCUCCAUCUCCUUCUCUUUCACUCUCUCUCCAUCUCCUUCUCUUUUCACUCUCUCUCUCCAUCUCCUUCUCUUUUCACUCUCUCUCUCCAUCUCCUUCUCUUUUUAUCUCUCUCUCCAUCUCCUUCUCUUUUCACUCUCUCUCUCUCCCAUCUUUUUCUCUUUUCACUCUCUCUCCCCAUCUUUUCUCUUUUCACUCUCUCUCCCCCAUCUUUUCUCUUUUCCUCUCUCUCCCCAUCUUUUUCUCUUUUCACUCUCUCUCUCCCCAUCUUUUUCUCUUUUCACUCUCUCUCUCUCCCCAUCUUUUUCUCUUUUCACUCUCUCUCUCUCCCCAUCUUUUUCUCUUUUCACUCUCUCUCUCUCCCCAUCUUUUUCUCUUUUCACUCUCUCUCUCUCUCCAUCUUUUUCUCUUUUCACUCUCUCUCUCUCUCCCAUCUUUUUCUCUUUUCACUCUCUCUCUCUCUCCAUCUUUUCUCUUUUCCUCUCUCUCUCUCUCCAUCUUUUUUCUUUUCUCUCUCUCUCUCCAUCUUUUUCUCUUUUCACUCUCUCUCUCUCCAUCUUUUCUCUUCACUCUCUCUCUCUCCCCAUCUUUUUCUCUUUCACUCUCUCUCUCCCCCAUCUUUUCUCUUUUCACUCUCUCUCUCCCCCAUCUUUUUCUCUUUCUCUCUCUCUCUCCCCAUCUUUUCUCUUUUCACUCUCUCUCUCUCCCCAUCUUUUCUCUUUUUCUCUCUCUCUCUCUCCCCAUCUUUUCUCUUUUCCACUCUCUCUCUCUCCCCAUCUUUUUCUCUUUUCACUCUCUCUCUCUCUCUCCAUCUUUUCUCUUUUCCUCUCUCUCUCUCUCCAUCUUUUUCUCUUUCACUCUCUCUCUCUCCAUCUUUUUUCUCUUUUCACUCUCUCUCUCUCCAUCUUUUUCUCUUUUCACUCUCUCUCUCUCUCCAUCUUUUCUCUUUCACUCUCUCUCUCUCAUCUUUUCUCUUUUCCUCUCUCUCUCUCCAUCUUUUUCUCUUUUCACUCUCUCUCUCUCCAUCUUUUUCUCUUUUCACUCUCUCUCUCUCUCUCCAUCUUUUUCUCUUUUCACUCUCUCUCUCUCUCUCUCCAUCUUUUUCUCUUUUCACUCUCUCUCUCUCUCUCCAUCUUUUUCUCUUUUCACUCUCUCUCUCUCUCUCCAUCUUUUUCUCUUUUCACUCUCUCUUUCUCCUCUUAA